AUGUCUCAUCAAUCAGGAAUUACUGCAAAUGAAUUACUACGAGGGAAAUUCGCUGAAAUGAAAGAUGGACAUAUUCGAGUUGUUGUUGUUGUUAUCGAAAAUGAAACUCUCUUAGCAAAAGAAGAGCAUAAUGUUGAACGUACAUUUGAUGAAGAUUUUGAUAAAUUCAUUCCACCAUUAGUUAAACAAAAUCGUCCUGGAUAUUAUUUUGUUCGUCUUGAUUCAAUUAGUGAAAUAAGUGGACAUAAUUGGUUAUUAAUUGUUUACAUUCCUGAUGAAACUAAAGUUCGCGAACGUAUGCUUUAUGCUUCAACAGUUGCUACAUUGAAACGAGAAUUUGGUUCAGCUUAUAUCACCGAAGAAAUUCGUGCAACAUCAAUGGAUGAAAUGACAAUUAAAUCAUUUCAUCAACAUGUUCGUACACAAGCAGCACCACCACCUAGAACAAACAAUGAAUUAGAUAAGCUAGAAAAUCAAGCAGCAGAAGCUAAUGCUGAUAUUAGUGUGGAUUCACGACAUCAAACAUUACAAGGUUUAAUGUUUCAAUUUGAUGAAAAUGUUAUUGAAGCAUUACAUUUAUUUAAAAAACAAGAUGUUGAUUACGUGCAAUUGGAAAUUGAUCAUGAAAAAGAACGUACACUUCUAUCACAUUCGGAGUCUCAUGUAACUCCUGAACAAAUUCAAAAACUUCUACCAGAUAAUGCAGGACGAUAUCAUAUAUAUCGAUUUAAACAUGAUUUUAAUAAUGAAACAAUAAAUUCCACAUUUUUUCUUUACUCCGUACCUGGUCAUGGUUCAAAAAUUAAACAACGUAUGGUCUAUGCUAGUUGUAAAGAAAGUGUUAUUGAUACUAUUGAAAAGAAAUUUGGUAUCAAUUUCGAUCGUAAAUUGGAAGUCUGUGAUAUAACUGAUUUAACAAAUGAUUAUCUUUUUCAACAACUUCAUCCAGAAGCAUCAGUUAACGUUGCUAAAACUUCAUUUGCAAGACCUAAAGCUCCGUCAACACGUGGACCACGUCGUUUACUCAAAACUGCUGAUAAUCCGGAUGAAUAA